UCUUUCUGUARAAAACAAAAACGAGUCUCUGAUUUCCUCUGUUCAUUGCAGAAGGGGAAAGGGGUACACUCAAACUACGAUGGCGCAUUUCGUCUUCCACUGUAUUUACAGCGGACCCAAUUCCUGAAAAGGCCCAAUCUAUUCUCUGAAUCCUAGCCAGUCCUCCCCUUCCCCCAACCGUAUUCUCCGUUUCAUUCUGGUACCGGAAGUCUUUCACUUCUAGAGGGUUGAAGCGCUCUCAUUGUUCGUCUGGAAUCAAAAUCCUCAUCUCGGUCUCGGUUUUAGGGUUUGUCGUUUUCGUCAAUUAGGGUUAGCGUUAGGGUUUGGUUCUUGCUGGGAGGCGGUUUCGAGUGUUAGGUUCUACGAUGUACGCUGAUCGAAUAGCGGCUGGAAGCAAGAGGUCGGUGAAGGAACGACUUAACGGGAAUAUAGGAGAUGAUUUUGGCCGAAGUAGGCAAGUUAACGGCAAAAGGCAGCGGCCAAAUGAUGACAAGUGGGAACACGAUCUUUAUGAGGAUGAUGGACCACAACUAUCAAAUAACAAAGUUGAUAGUCGAGACCUCAGAUUGAAGCUCCAAAAGAAGGGUAUCCAGCAAGAAUACCAAAGUGGAAAGAGUACUGUUGCAGGUGUCCGGGAUCUACGUGAAAAACUAUCUGGUACAAUGCAUCUGCAACCAGCAAAUACUGAUCAGCCUAAGUCAAAACCACAAGCAGAGGCUACCAAGCCUGCUAGAAAAAAUGUUGCAGUUGAAGCGUGUCCACAAGAGACCAAAAAAGUUUCUAGUUCGACUGCUUCAAGGAAAAAGACUCAGCAAAAGGAUGAUAAAUCAGUGGAUGGCUUCCUACAAUCUCUGGGUCUAGAAAAAUAUUUGAUUAUUUUCCAGGCGGAGGAAAUUGACAUGACUGCUCUGGUUCACAUGACUGAUGAGGACCUUAAAGCCCUAGGGAUUCCUAUGGGUCCCAGAAAGAAGAUACUUUUGGCUUUGGAUUCCAGAGUCUGAAAUUGGGAGUCAUCUAGGUUUGCUUGCUUUAUCCUGGAGGCCGACACAACACUACCUUGCACAGUCGCAGGCUAAUGUUUUAACUGGUAUAAGCCUGUCAUGUAACCUCUUUGGUUUUAAAUUUUAAUUAUUCCAUUGUAUUGUAGAAGUGGCAUCGUUGGGAGAGUAGUAUUGACAUCAAACUAAAAGAGAUGAUUGCGACAAAGGAAGAACUUAUAUUAAUGGUUUUGUUAGUAUCCUUGUAUCUAAGUCGUUCAUCUCCCCUGCUAUCUUUAUCUUGUAUCCAAAUUAUCUUUCCUUUGUUAGUGUUCUUUUCCCUAGGGGGAGGGGGUGGAUUGAAGCAGAAUUUAAGAAUUCUUUUGUUUACCCUUCUGGCGAGAAAAGAAUUCUUCAUCUGGAAUCUGGAAAACGAAUCAUGUGUUUUUCUUUUUUUGGAGAACUUAUAAAUUUUUGCUUKCAUUCAA